AUGCAUAUUCCUAAAGGCAAAGAUUUGUUGUUGCCACCGAAGAAGAAUAAAAGACCUUGGGGAGAGGCCCCAGAUAAGUCUUCAAUCUUAUUUGGUUAUGCCGGUUCCUGGUACGCAAAAGUCUGUCAGACAAGGGACCACACAAGAUGCAUUAAAUUGCUCAAGCAUCAAAGGAGUAAACAUUGGCCAUUAAGUCAAGAAUGUGCUUCGGUUCGCAAUCUAGUGACUAGUACAGGGCUAGGGACUGGAAUUCUUCACCUUCAAUCGGAGUAUGAUAGUGUUGUGGUCUCUGCCUUCAGGGAACGAUAUUGGCUUGAAACCGAUAUGUUUUAUCUUCCAUUUGGAGAGAUGACAAUAACACCGGACGAUAUGAAGCAAAUUACUAACCUUGAAGUUGAAGGACAAUCUGUAUUUGAAGGUUUCGACAACAACAUGUCUUGGAGUGACCUUUAUAUCCUUGUUCAAGAAACACUUGGGUGGGAGAAAGAUGAAACUGAGAUGGAUUUUCAGUUGGCUGGUGGUUAUGACCCUGCUGAACCACAUAAACCAAAAAUCAUCAAAAAGCUAUUGUUGAAGAAUUUGAGGACCAAGUUUGAAGGAACAGCAGCAAAGGAAAGGGCAGGUCAGGUGAUGGAUGAAACAACAGUUAGGCGUACAGCCACAACGUAUUUGUUGUAUUCUCUUGGGACCGUAUUCUUUCCCGAUAACUCGGGAAAUAGGGUGAAUGUUCAUUACCUACAAUUGUUGAAGAAUUUGGACAACAUCAAAAACUAUUUGUGGGCCACUGCAACCCUUGCAUAUUUACUUGACAGUCUAAGAAAGGCCUCUAGGUUUGGAGCUACUGAAAUUGCCGGGAAUGUUGCGCUUCUAAUGGCAUGGGUUUAUGACCACUUUCCGAGCCUGAGACCUCCUACUGAGUGGGAAGAACAUGAUUAUGUCCCUACGGGAAAGAAGUUCAAGUUCACUGGCAGACAACUAAGGAACAAAGAGGAGAAGCUCAUUCAAAUGAGGGAGAAAAUAGAUGCUUUCACUGUUGAAUAUGUUAUCUUUGACCCUUAUUUGAGGAUUGAAAAUGGAGUUGAUGUUCGUAGGUUCACAGAGACCGCAAGUUACAAUGGACCAUUGUAUCAUCCCACAGGUUACGUUAUGACCAAUCCUCGUCGAACUCUACGCCAAAUUGCUCAUAUUCAACAAAGGGUUGUAAAGGAAAACUUCAAAUUAUCCAAGGAAGGAUCCGAGACAAAAGGCCCCACCAUUGUGCUCAACUACAGGCCAACUCCAACAGAACAACCGCCAUGA